AUGAAUUAUACAAUAUCUCAAUUAGAAAUAUUUCCUGAUGAGCUUUUUCUUGAUUUAUUUUCUUACAUUUCUCCAAUUGAUUUAUAUUACGCAUGGCAUGGUCUUAAUUGCCGUAUUAGUGCAAUAAUUCGUUCUAUUCAAAUAAGUUUUGAUUUGAUUGAAAAUUCAAAUGAAAAUAUUCGUGCAUUAGACUACUUUUCUACGCAAAUUGUUUUUCUUCGUUUGAGUGUAUCAAACGAAUCAUUAGAUUUCAGAAAACUCCCCAACUUAUGUUCAUUAAUUAUUGAUACUAAAUUAACCAAAAAACAACUCGAUUCAGUUCAACCUUCAUAUUUACCGCAUCUUAAACGUUUAAAUUUUUCUAAAUGGUCAAAGAACGAAGAAAUACUAAAUGAAAUUAUUUUUAGUCGACAUUCUUCCAAUGAACAGAAUAUUCCAUGGUUAAAAGUGUAUCAUUUGCCAAAAUUACCAAGUUACUUUUUAACGAACAUUUCUCAACUAUCUCACAUUCAAACAAUGAUAUUUGACCGAGUGACGUCAUGUGAUAUUAAUUUAAUCCUGCAUUUACAACCAACAUUGUGUCGUCUUAAAGUGACUGUAGUACGAUGGAUGUCCGAAGAUAUGAUGUUAACAGUUUCUCUUAAUAAUAAAAAUUUUCAGCAUCAAUAUUUAAUUCAUUUACAUGCAACAAUGAAUACAUGUAACAGAUUAGAUGAUUUAUAUCUACUACUAUCUUAUUUACCAUUUUUACGUUCUCUUUACAUUGCUUGUGAUAAUUUAACAAUUACUGACUUUGAACAACUUGCUUAUGUGAUAAUGACAUGUACACCACAAUUAAACAGUUUUAAUUGCUCAUUUAAACAAACAUGCAUUGAACCAAUAGAGAAAUUACAUUGUAUGAGUCCAUUAUUUCGUCAUAUGAAAUUGAGAAGAGUAGAAUGGGGUGGUGGGUGGCAUUAUCAUUGCAUAACGACAGAAAAUCUGUAA